AUGUAUGAUGUAAGAAUUGCAUUCAAUGUUGUUAAGUAUGAUAGUUUUGCCGAGGUUGUUGAAGCAUUUGGACAAUAUGAUCCUGGCAUGAAACCACCUAGUUAUCAUGAGGUGAGAGUUUUUUUGCUUAGGAAGGAAUUGGAUAGCACCAACGCUUCGAUGAAUGACCAUAGAGAAGAGUGGUCAAAAUUUGGAUGCUCAUUAAUGGCAGAUGGGUGGACAGACAAAAGAGGGAGAACAUUGCUUAAUUUCCUAGUAAAUAGUCUAAGGGGAACCAUGUUUAUUGAAUCGAUAGAUACUUCUUCUUUUUCAAAGGAUGGUGAAAAGAUAUUUAACUUACUUAAUAAAUUUGUGAACCGCAUUGGAGUAGCAAAUGUUGUCCAAGUCGUCACAAAUAGUGAAUCAAGCAAUAAAUAUGCCGGGAGGAUGUUAGAGAAAGAACACACACAUUUGUAUUGGACACCAUGUGCUACUCAUUGCUUAAACUUGAUGUUGGAAGAUAUUGGAAAAAUACCGUCCAUCUCUAGAACAAUGAAGGGGGCAAUGGAGUUGAAUAGUUAUAUUUAUAUGCGUCCAAAGUUGUUGAAUAUUAUAAGGCACUUUACUCAUAAAAAGGAGUUGCUGAGGUCCGCUAAGACUCAAUUUGUUACUUGUUUCAUCACAUUAUCAAGUAUUCACGAGCAAAAGAAUAACUUGAGAAAGAUGUUUACUUCGGAAGAAUGGAGUCGUAAUAAAUGGGCGAAAGAGCAAGCCGGUAAAAGAGUUACUUCUUAUGUUUUGAUGUCUGCCUUUUGGAACACCAUUGUCUUUAGCCUUAAGGUUUCCAGUCCUCUUAUUCUAGUUUUGAGAUUAGUUGAUGGCGAGAGAAAGCCUCCCAUGGGAUACAUCUAUGCGGCUAUGGAUACGGCUAAAAAAGCCAUUGCAAAAUCAUUUGGGGAAGUAAAAGAUAAAUACAAGGAAAUUUUUGAAAUAACUGAUAAGAGGUGGAAUGUUCAACUUCAUCGGCCUUUGCACACAGCAGGUUAUUAUUUGAACCCAGAGUUCUUUUAUUCAAAUUCGAAAAUUGAAGAAGAUGAAGACAUUGCAAAGGGUUUGUAUGAAUGCAUUGCAAGGUUAGUUUUUGACGUCAAAGAACAAGACAAAAUUACCGAGGAGCUGUCCUUAUAUUCUAAAGCUGAGGGCCUCUUUGGUAAUGCCUUUGCUAUUAGACAGAGACGUGUACGGGGACCAGCUAAUUGGUGGGAAGCUUAUGGCAAGUCAACAAAACAUCUCCAAAAGUUUGCUAUAAAGCUUCAUAACAAGAAAAGAAAUAGGCUCGUUCAAACAACUUUGAAUGAUUUAGUGUUCAUCAAAUAUAAUAGGGCAUUGAGGCGUCGAUAUAAUAUGCGUGACACUCUUGAUCCCAUUUUACUCGAUGACAUUAAUGAGAGCAACGAGUGGUUGACGGGGAGGAUAAAUGAUGAUUCUGAUACAGAAGAUGAUCUAGUCUUUGAAGAUGAUUCCUUGACAUGGGGUUAUGUUGCUAGUGUUGCUGUUCGACUUGUGGAUGAGGAUGAGGAAGAGGAAGAUGAAGAGGCAGAUUCAGAUGAGAUGGAAGAGGAUCCUGAGAAUUAUGAAUCAUUUAGUGACGAUCAAGAUGAUAUUAUACUUAUUGAUGACAAGGAUAUUUAG